GUGAGCUGUUGCUUGUUGCCUGCUAGUCUAGGUACUUGUCGGUCAAAGUUAAAUCUUUGACAACUUAGUACCAUGUCAGUCAAAACAGAAGUUGAUCUAACUGGAGUGAAACAAAGUAAUGGCGUUUGGCUUGUAAAGGUGCCCAAGUACCUAUCGCAACAAUGGGACAAGGCCACAGAAAAGGGGGACGUUGGAAAGAUAGCCAUCGGAAAAAAGCAAGGCAAAACGGAGGUGCGUUUCAGCCUUAAUGAGGAGCUGACUGCCCUGGGUGAUGUGGGGGAGAAGGAUGCAUCACUUCAGGUCCCCAGAGAUCACCCAUUCACUAUGCAGUCAGUGGGUGGACAGACCAUGGCUGCCUUUAGCCAGAGUGACACAGAUGGAAUCAGUCUGGAGGGGGUGGUGGUGCACAGAGCUGAAUGCAGACCAGUCGUCAAUGACAGCUAUAUGAAGCUGAAGAUAUUGCAGAUUAGAGAUUCCACUAAGCCUCGGCGUGUAUCACAGCAGCUGGAGAGAGCAGUCACUACCGUCUUUAAGCCUGUGGCCAACCAUGAUUUCAAUAUGGAUUACGACAAGAGGAAGAAGUCAGAGGGGAAGAUGGUGCGGGCUGAGCGACAGGUGGUGUUGGACAUGCUCUUCUCUGCUUUUGAGAAGCACCAGUAUUAUAACAUUAAGGACUUGGUGGACAUAACCAAACAGCCUGUGACUUACCUGAAAGACAUCUUGAGGGAAAUUGGUACUUACAACAGCAAGGGCGUUCACAAAAGCACAUGGGAGCUAAAGCCAGAGUACCGACACUACCAGUCUGCAGAAGAAGAUGAGGAGAUGCAGACCACCUAGUUCUGGCAAGUUCCUGAGUCCAGGCUCAUCACACAGGAGUUCUGUGAUUUCAUGAUGAAAUCUGGGCUUUCAGCAGGUUAAUUUUUUCUAAGUCAUCAGAAACAUUUGAUGUCAAGAAUGAAGACCAUUUUUCACAAAUUGUUAGUAUCCUUUAUUUUUUGUAUUCUUUACUGUGAUUAGUGGGUGGGAUAGAUUCAGAAUACGUAAUGUUACUGAUGGUGUCAAGUGAAAGACCAAGAGGAAUUUAUUAGAUAUACAAGCUGAAUAGUGGAAAUGUUGUUUUUCCUCUCACUUAAGCAUCUGGACAGUGACUGUGUGACUGUACAGCCAAUAGAUAGUGUGAUUUUUUAAUGGAAAUUGUUACGUAACAAGCACUAAAGACAUCAGCUUCUCACAUAUUUUCUUUGGAUCUUUGAUGUUGAGACUUACAGGUGACAAGUUUCCCAGUUUGGACUUCCUGAAUUAGAUGUCUUAGUUGAUUCAAAUCACUUAAGUUUUCAUCUUCUAUUUAAGUUCUUUUUUUAAACCUUUUUUUUUUGGUACAGAACAAAUAUGAGUUUUCUGUGCAGAAGCAUUUAUGUUGUUUGCCAAAAUAAAGAGAUUUUCCC